AUGGCGUCUCCUCUCAUGCUUGACUUCACCGCCAUCGAUGUCUUCAAGGACAAGCCUUACGAAGGCAACCCACUCGCCAUCAUUCGCAUCCCUCAUGGCGUCAGCGUGACGCAAGAGCGCAGAAAGUCGACCUUCCUACACGAAAACGCCUCUGGCGCAGUUGAAGAUAAAUGGACUGUAGACAUCAUCAUGACUACCAAGGAGCUGCCUUUCACCGGCCACCCCACAGUUGGCACCGCUUACUACGUCCUCUCAAGGAUUGCUGAAGAGCACGGCCUCAAGGACGGAGUCGUCGAAGUAGGCUUCCAAUUGAAGACUGGUCCUAUUGGACUGCGAUACGAUGUAGCGAAGAAGACGGCGAAGGCAGCCAUUCAUCACGAUGUGCAUGUGGACUAUCCUAUUGUGUCUAUCGUCAAAGGCAUGACGUUUGUUCUGAUUGAGCUGGAGAGCGUGGCGGCGCUGGCGAAGGUGUCGCUGGCAGGACAGAGCAUCGAAAUCCAUGGGCUGGAUCAAGGCUGGAACGAAAGUUUCAUUGGAAAGUACUUCGAUGUGCGGACAGGCAAAAGUGAGAGCGGAGCGACGCAAGUCAGCACGAGGAUGAUCGAUGGACUGCUCGAGGACCCCGCUACAGGUUCGGCGGCGAGUGAUCUGGCUGCUUAUCUUUCGUUGAACGAGGGCGAGGCCGGCAAGACACUCAAGUAUGAGCUAGUGCAGGGUGUUGAGAUGGGGCGCAGGAGCGAGAUCUUCAUCGAGGUCGUUAUGGCGAAGGACAGUGGUAUCCAGAUGGUGUACCUUGAAGGUGGUGCUGUAAAAGACAUGGAAGAUAGGUUGACCGUUUGA